AUGUUUUAUUCACUAUUUUUCUUGAUUACUCUGAGUAUUGCUACAGAUUUGAGCUAUGGUAUGAAACCGAAUUGGCCUGGAUCAUACAAUGUUACUCCAUUGUGUAAUCAAGAAAUGUGUUGUUGUCUCUCCGGAGAAGUACAAGUGAAAGAAGUAGCUUAUUUCUUCAUGACAAUAUCUGGUAAAUUGGCAGGACAAUGUAAUGGACUUUCGACAUUCUUUUUGCCUGCUAUGAAACCAUCUACCUAUUCAACUAAAUUACCCAUUGUCGGUGUAAUAAAUUUGAGUGAAGACAGUUCCACAGUAACAGUCGAAUCACCAAUAGGUACUCAAUGCAAUGGUCGAGCUAUUCGACAAUGA